UCAUACCAAUAAUUGGAACACAUGUUAGGUCAGGUUCUACGGGUUGUAUAACCCAAAAUCCAAACACAACCUAAAAGAGACGAGUUGUAUAAAAGAGAACCCUCACUCAACCCAAAAACCUUCAUUUUAGCGACAAAUACAAGUGAGUUGAAUCGGGUUGGACGAACAAACCUAUUUGCGAGCGUGUUUGUUCAGCCCUAACCACGGUAAGCGCACUAGAACUUUUAAUUUCGCAAUAUUUGUGUCAAUCAUGUAAAGGGGCGUGGACUGGAAUCCUGACCUCCACAACCACAACAACAUCCCACUGGCCACUGGCAGUGCCAGGCUGCCACCAUCUCAUCGUCUGCUGUCGUUUUCGGCCUUUUCCUGUCGUCCAACCUAUCCCACCCACCGCCACGACGUCGUCUUCAUAUCCCUCCCUCCCCAACCACGCGCACAACGGCAGAAUCUCCCCCGUAUUUAUUGCCCGUUUCCAAAUCAUUUCCCAUACCCUUCUUUCUUUCCGUUUUCUACUUUUAUCCUCUCGCUGCUGGUCUCGCCUGAAAGAAGAAAAAAAAAAGUGAAAUAAACAAAGGAAAAAAAGGAUAACACAUUGGAGAAAGGGAAUACGAACGGACCACCGAGUCCACCGGAAUUUCGAUUUGCGCUCGCCGGAGAGUUCCAUUUCCCCGUCUUCCAAUACGAAUUAGACAACUGUUCCUUCUCUUCUCGAUCUGUUCGCCCCUCAGGUAAGUCGUCGUCGUCUUCCCCUCUCUCUCUCGGAAACUUUCUUUUUUCAGAUCUACGUGCCUCGGCGAGAGUGGAACUUCACGAUUAAUCUGUGUAUAUGGAUCUCGCAGGUUCGAGAGAUCUGAGAGGAAGGAAUUUGGAGAUAAAGUGAGAGCAGUAUUAGUAUUUGUUGAGACGGAACAGGAAACCAAUGGCGCAUAGGGUAGAUCACGAGUACGAUUACCUCUUCAAGAUUGUGCUGAUCGGAGACUCCGGCGUCGGUAAAUCCAACAUUCUUUCCCGCUUCACCAGAAACGAAUUCUGCUUGGAGUCCAAAUCUACUAUCGGCGUCGAGUUCGCCACCAGAACUUUGCAGGUGGAAGGAAAGACUGUAAAGGCUCAGAUUUGGGAUACAGCAGGCCAGGAGAGGUACCGAGCGAUCACAAGUGCUUACUACAGAGGUGCAGUUGGUGCACUCCUUGUCUAUGACAUUACCAAGAGGCAAACGUUCGACAAUGUCCAACGGUGGCUACGGGAGUUGAGAGACCAUGCAGAUUCCAACAUUGUCAUAAUGAUGGCUGGGAACAAGUCCGACUUGAAUCACCUGCGAGCUGUUUCGGAUGGAGAUGGCCAUACCUUGGCCGAGAGAGAAGGGCUCUCGUUCCUCGAGACGUCGGCACUUGAAGCUACAAAUGUCGAGAAGGCGUUCCAGACGAUACUGACAGAGAUAUACCAUAUCAUAAGCAAAAAGGCACUGGCUGCACAAGAAGCGGCUGCUAAUUCUUCAAUUCCUGGCCAAGGAACCACCAUCAAUGUUGCAGAUGGCUCAGGCAAUGUUAAGAAAGGAGGUUGCUGCUCUGCCUAAGGAGAGCUCAUGUCAUGUACUGAUUCAAUGGUUAGAAAUCACUGUGGGCAGGCAACCAUUCUUCCUUUUUAUUUUCACCACCUUUUGGGUUUUCAUUUUGCAAAUUUUGGCCAAGAGGAGACCUGUAGAUUACUCUGUUCCCCGUAAAUUUGAGAAUGUGAAAUUUGCAAAGAUCCUAUUUCUAGAUUUCAGGGUGGCCUUUUUCUUUCUCAUCUUUUUUAUUUCUUUGUAUCUUACCCUUUUAAACAAGCUUCAGUAUGAUGAUAGCACGGAUGUAGAGUGAUCAAACCAUAUAUAAUUAUCUAAAGUGAAACUUUUGGAGACACAUAGUCCCUCAGACCAUAGAAAUUCGCUUUCUUUUCGCUGAUCUUCUACGCCACUCUUCGUUUUAACAGUGGAAUGCUAGGCGACCAUUCAAAGGUGGAAGUCCACUAGCCAAAAGACAUGCCAACCAUUACAACAAUUAGUAAGUACACCCUGGCAGUGACAAAUGAAACAGGCACAGUUGA